AUGGUGGAGUUUUACGUGGAGACCCGGGACAACAUCACAGGCGAGAUACUUCCCCCGGAGUUGGUAAAGGAGGCUAGGAAGAAGGAGAUCGAUUGGGUUCGCAACGUCAAGUUGUACGACAAGGUACCGAGGAGCGAGAUGGAAUCCAGAGGAUUCAAGUCGACAGUGAGUACACGGUGGGUUGACGUGAACAAGGGCGAUAAGGACAAUUACAACGUGCGCUCGAGGAUCUGCGGUCGCGAGCUGAAGGCAAAGACCAAAGACCAGCUGCUGGCGCACGAGCUUUUUAGCGCGAUGCCACCGUGGGAGGCUAUCAAGGCCUUGUUCUCUCUCUGGGUCAGCGACGGCUCCGUGGAUGGCACCGCGGACCCAGAGAUCGCCAUCUUCGACAUCAGCCGCGCGCAUUUCAUGGCGCCGGCGAAGCGUGAGCUAUACAUCGACAUUCCCGCGGAAGAUCGAGAACCAGGUGACGAGCACAUGGUCGGAAGGCUCAAUCGCAGCAUGUAUGGGUUCCGCGAUGCCAUUAGUAAUUGGAUGGAUGAUCGGCAGCAGUUGCUGGAGGCGGACGGGUUCGAGAUCGGAGUGGCGAACCCGGCGUUGUUCCUUCAUCGAGGUUUGGUUUUACGUGGUGAAGUGCAUGGUGAUGAUUUCGUGGUAUUGGGUCCUCGUUUGGGACUUGAUCAGAUCGGCGCCACUUUGGCGUCGAAGUAUUCCGCGCGGGAGAGCCACAAGCUAGGCUUCGCGGACCACUGCGUGCAGGAGGCGACGGUGCUGAACAGAGUCAUCAGGGUCGGCUAUAACCAGGACGGCCGCAAGUACGUUGAGAUCGAGCCGGACGCUAGGCACUCGGAGCUCAUCGUGCAGGCGCUGGGACGCGGCAAGGGCAAUGGCGUGAAGACGCCAAGCGUCAAGCCGACCGAUGCGGACAUUGAGCGGCAUCGGAGGUCACCGCCACUUUCCUCGACGGCAGCUUCGACAUUCAGAUCGGCUGUGAUGCGCGCGAGUUCUCUCGCGCAGGACCGGCAUGACAUCGGCGAGGCUGUGAAGACGUUAGCACAGAGGAUGGCCAAGCCAACGGAGGAGGCCAUGCAGGAGUUGAAGCGAUUGGGACGAUACUUGGUGUAUCGGCCGUACGUGAGCCUCAUCUACGACCAGCAGCGCAUGCCAGACCACAUCCUCGUGUCCGUCGACAGCGACCACGCGGCGGACAGGCUGACCCGGAAGAGCGUCAGCGGCAUGGUCAUCAGGAUGGGGAGGCACGUGAUCAAGGGCAGCUCCAGCAUUCAGUUGGCACUCGGACUGAAUGUUGGCGAAGCGGAAUUCUAUGCAUUGGUACAUGGAGGAGCCCAUGGACUGGGUAUGCAGAGUUUCAUGCGUGACCUCAUGGUGGAGUUGGACAUGGUCGUGGAGUCCGACUCCACGUCGGCCAAGUCCUUCGCGUCCCGGAAGGGCUUGGGCAAGCAGCGGCACGCGCAGACGCGGUACUUGUGGAUCCAGGACCGCGUCCGCAAUAACCACCUGAAGAUUCAGAAGGUGCCGGGGAAGCAUAACGUGUCCGACAUUCUCACCAAGAGCGCUCCGGCGGCUGAGCUGGACAGGCACAUGGGCGCGAUGAACCUUGUCGUCACGACCAGAGGUAAGAAACACAAGAGGCUCUGA